AUGUUCAGAAAAUGGAAGUUCGUUUUCAUUUUCCUUACCUAUCUCAUUGUUUCUAGUAGUUUUGCAAAAAACAACCCUCAAAGCGCUGUUUUCAACUCAGCGACGUACACAAGCGAUAAACCGCGUCAACCGAUAGACCAAACCUUUAACAUCAACAACUGGGGUUUUGGAAGCGCUGAUCGAAAAAUUUUAAAGCAGAUGAAAUACAAAAUCGACUCUCUUUAUGAGAAAUCCACCGCAACAGGUAGUUCACUUACAUCAAAAUUUUCAAAAUUAUUUGCGGGCUUCUUAUUAAGAGAGUGGCUGAUAUCACGAGGCUUAAUGUGAUAAUGCUAACGAAAUAUGUUCUAGUUUCAGUUUGCCCUCAAGAUGGUUGGGUCCGCUACGGAAACUUCAGUUACCUCAUCAUCAACAUUCGAACCCUGAAAUGGAGCGAUGCUCGACGAACAUGUCAGAUGCUUGGAGGAGACCUCGCUAUAAUAAAAUCAGCUGCUGAGAAUAACUUCAUAUUCACCUUGCUCAAGAAACAGAAAACCAUCACCGAUUGGGGUGUGUGGCUUGGUUUUGUCCGG